AUGAAUGAUGAUUUGAAAGGAGGAAAAGAAGAUUGUACUAAAUCGAUGACAAAACUUACAACCACAGCAGAAAUUCACCAUGUUCCACCAAAUCCAGUGGAAGAAAGCUGUUCUGUUCCUCAAAUACACAAUUCUGAGUCUUGUGAUGGAACAAGUAAAGAGAUACUUCUGAAUAAAGUUGAGAAACAACGAAACUCCAAACAAAUGAAAACAUCAUCUGCCAAGAGAUAUGAAAUUUCUUCAGUUGCUUCUUCAACUAACGCCAUCGAAAUCCCAGCAUUGAUAUCUGAUUUAAUCAAGACAGGAGAAAAUGUAAAUAAUGAAAAAGGCAACAGAGCAAAUUCUGAUGGGAAAGUCUCUUCAUUAGGCGUCCAUGAACCUGACUGUCUGAGAGAUCCUGAUGAUACUGCAAAGACAAAUAACAAACAAACUCCAGCCAUCAAGCAAGGAUCUGAUAUAAAAACUCCUCUUGUACAGAAAAAUCAAAUAAAUCUCUCGUCUAUGGAACAUUUGAAAAUUCAUUCUAGUUCUAGAGAAAUGGAUCGAAUGAGUUUGAACAAAAAUCCUAAAGAAAACAAAGAGAAAGUUACAGAGGAUAUGUUUUGUUCAGGGGACUUUACCGAUAGUGUUGUUUUUGAAUCUCAGAUGGAUGUAGGUCAAGUAGAUUUCCAAGCAUUGGCUUCUGUGGGGAAUUUCCAAAAUCUGAGGAGGAUUUAUCUUCUCAGGAACCAGUGCCCGUGUGAUAAAGAUUUGAAUCUUAGCAGUAGUCUGCUGUUGUCACAUGACAUGUCAUGUGAUCUGUUACCAGCCAGUAACUUUGAGAGGUGUAUGAUGUCGGAUGAUGAAUCAGAUGUCAGUAAAAAUGAGUCCUACAGGGACCUCAGAAUUCCUUAUCUUAGUGGACAGGAAGCCUGUUUCCAGGGCAGUGAUAAAAAAGAAAAAGAUCCCACUCAGACAGGCUACAGCCAGCUGUCACAGGACUUGAUGCUGGCACUAGAACUCAGUGAUACAUUUAAUGAAGAGAGUGAUGGAACACAAACUAAAAAGUUCUCAGAAGCAGGCAUUCUGUCAAAAGGAAGUAUUGGGGCUGGAGUAGGCUAUGGGAGUCUAGGAAUGUCCCCUGAGAACCCUGGAACGGGUCGACUGCGGGCCUGUACCGAGGCCGUCCUACUGACCCACUUAAUGCAGUACCUCUAUCUCUGUCUGACCAAAGAGAACCUGAUGUCAGCCUUCCACGACAUCGAGAUGCCAGCUGUUAUCACUCUGUCUCGCAUGGAGAUGAAUGGAUUUGGUUUUAAUGAUGAGCAGUGUGAGAGACAGAAGACAGUGAUGAUAGAACGACUAGGUGAACUUGAGACUGAGAUGUACCAGCUAGUGGGGCACCAGUUUUCUCUGACGUCAACUGAAGAUCUGUCUCAGCUCCCUAUUAAUGGUGACUCUAGCAGUCUUGGACAACCCACCAGACCCAAUAGACGGGCCCCCACAGGUCGUAGAGGCCGCCAGAAGACCCAGUUUUCUACCAGUAAGGACGUCCUCGAGAAACUGCGCCCCUACCACCCGCUCCCUGGGAUCCUCCUGGAGUGGCGCCGGAUCAGUGGGGCCCUGACCAAGGUGGUGUUUGCCCUGCAGAAGGAGAAGGUGUACGUGGAGAGGUUAAAGAUGUACAGGAUAUUUACAGAUGUCCAGUACUUCUCAGCCACAGGACGGGUCAGUCUGUCUGAACCUAACCUACAGAACGUCCCAAAAGAUUUCCAGAUCUCUGCCUCAGUCCCAAAAACCACUGACCAACAGAUGGAGUGUGCUAGUCCUCUAGGCAGGACCCGUAACUCUGUAAGGAACCAAACCAGAGUUCUUCAGAUGUCAACUGACCUUUCAUUCAACGUCAGCAUGAGACAUGCCUUCAUCCCUUUUCCAGGGGGAGUUUUGCUGGCGGCUGACUACUCUCAGUUGGAGUUACGCAUGAUUGCACAUCUAUCCCAAGAUGCCAAGCUGAUACAGAUCUUGAACGGUGACGGAGACGUUUUCAGAGAGACUGAUCACGAGGAGAGACAGCAGGCUAAACAGAUUUGCUAUGGUAUGAUCUAUGGUAUUGGAGCCAAGGCACUGGGUGAGACAUUGGGAGUGGAUGAAAAUGAUGCAGCAGUUUUUAUGCAGACCUUCAAGUCCAAGUACCCUGGAAUGAGGCGAUACCUUAAGAACACAUUGGAUAAAUGUAUCAAGGACAAGUUUGUGGAAACUAUCAGCGGGCGACGACGGUAUCUACCAUCCAUCUCAAACACAAAUCCCUAUGUCAGGGCUCACGCAGAGAGACAGGCUGUUAACACCACAGUUCAGGGGUCAGCUGCUGACCUUGUCAAGGUCGCCAUGAACAGGAUUGAUCAGAGGCUCUCAGAAAUAUUUCCUCUCUCACAGAAAUCACUCUCACACAAGGAUCAAGGUCCUACUCUUGAUUUAUCUGGUAACAGAUGUUGUUUAGUUCUACAACUUCACGAUGAACUGAUUUAUGACGUGACAGAGACCUGUCUGAGACAAGCAGCCAAGGUCAUCAAACAGGAAAUGGAGUCAGCCAUGACCUUGUCUGUUAAAAUGCCAGUCAAGGUCAAAACGUUUGGAACAAAUAUAUUGCUUAUAAGUGGAGAUGAUCAUGAUAUUGCAACAGCGGCUUGUAUUGGUUUGAGUCCACAGAGGGCUCACACUGCAGCAAUUCCUCGCAAAUGUGGCGGUGGAGAGUCCUGCAACGAAAUCUGUCAAUCAGUUACUGGUAUGGAUUAUGCUGGCGUUUCCUUUAACAAAAAACCUCAAUGCAUUGAUGCCUUGCACAUUUACGCCAAACGUGGCCCCUACAAUACCCCCAAUACAUUAUGGCUCAACACCUGGAGAUACGGAAGUUUCAGUUGUGCUGCUACUCACUGCGGUCCAAACUUUUGCUGUUGUUCCCAGUAAAAAAACAAUGGUGCAU